AAUUAUCUAGAACGCAGUCCCGUCAAUCAAAAUCUUUGGUGAUAGAGGAUGAUAAUGUCAUGCAGAGUGAACCGACGGGAAGUAGCAGCUCAUUUGCUGCAUUAGCUGCAUCAGCAGCCACUCAAUCUACCAACUUUGAAGAGCAUUCAGUAGAAAAUCAAUCAACAACCCACGCAGACAAAGAUUAUUCACAUAGAGCUUACAUGAGAGAAUUGAAACGUGUUAUUGAUUUAUCAGAUGUCAUUCUAAUGGUAUUAGACGCUAGAGAUCCUUUGGGAUGUCGUUCAUCAACAAUUGAGAGAGAAAUUAGAAGGAGAGACGGUGAAGGAAAGAAACUAGUAUUCGUACUCAAUAAGAUAGAUUUGGUACCAAAGAGUAAUGUCGAAGACUGGUUAUCAUUCUUAAGAAAUCAUUACCCAACUGUAGCAUUCAAAGCUAGUACACAACAACAAAGGCAGAACCUCUCACAAAAGAAAACAACAGCUGGUGGUUCAACCUCUAGUUCAGACUGCUUUGGUGCUGAUGCAUUGGUCAAUCUAUUGAAAAAUUACACUAGAAAUGCUAAUCUUAAAACAUCAAUCGUUUGUGGUAUCAUUGGUUUCCCAAAUGUUGGUAAAUCGUCUGUCGUUAACUCAUUAAAACGUAGUAGAGCAUGUGGUGUUGGUGCAACUCCUGGUUUUACAAAGGUUGCACAAGAAGUUGUUCUCGAUAAGAACAUAAAAAUUUUAGACUCACCUGGUGUUGUUUUCGCUGACGAAGAUACUAAUGAUAAAGAUGCUAUUAAUGAUAGUGAGAAGCUCAAAAAAAGACAAGCAGAAAUUACCCUAAGAAAUGUUAUCAAAGUUGAGAAUAUAGACGAUCCUCAACCAUCAAUUGAACUAAUUUUAGAGAGAUGCUCGGUAAAUCACCUCUCACAAUUAUACGAGAUACCAGAGUUCAACGGAGUAACCGAUUUCUUAGUCAAGAUUGCUUUAACCAGGGGUAGAUUAGGUAAGGGAGGUGUACCAGAUUUGUUGGCAACAGCUAGAUCAGUUUUGAGAGAUUACACCUGUGGAAAAAUACCAUACUAUACACAACCGCCUAGAUCAACGAUGGGUGCACCAGUAAUACAAUCAAAACAAUCAACAUUAUCAUCUGGAUUUUAUCCACCAUCAGACGCAAAACCUAGUGAAAACACUUCAUCUGCAGAAGGUGCCGCGAUCGUUACUGAAUUCAGUCAAGCGUUUGAUCUUGCAAGUUUGCUAGGUGAAAGCGAUGCACAAACACUCAGUGGUGCUGGUACAGCUUCAUUUGAUACACUGAAAAAGAGAGGUAGAGAAGAAGAAGUACCAACUAAGGAGAACAACAGUGAUGAUGUUAAUAUGGAAGCUCAAAGUCAUCCAGCUGGAAUAGUAUCUUUACCGCCAAAGAAGAAGACAAAACAACAAGCAAUCAAUGAUCUUGAUCAACAGAAAAAGCUCUUUGGUUCUGCUGAAAUCGAUCAAUUUAGUCAAGCGAACCCAAUGUCUAGACAAGCACAAAAGAAGGCCCGUAAAGCAGAAGCUAAAGCUAGAUUGAAGUCAGGUGCGUUGCCAAUGUCUGGACCUGGUGGUGAAGGAGAGUUAAUGAAGGCAUUGAAUGGAUUAGAUGUCAAAAUGUAUGACGACUCCGUUCAAGAUGAUCAAGGAAUGCAGGACAGCGACGAUGAUGAGGAGGAAGCAGAUGAAGGCUAUGAUGGUGGUAGAAGUGGAUAUGGUAUGUCUAUGUUCAACGUCGCACCUGCGCCUAUUCCUAUGGCUCAACCAGCCGCACCACCACCUCAAAUGAUAGAUGAAGACGAGGAACUAUAAGUGUCUUCUUUUGUAACAAUCAUCAACUAUAGAAAUAAAUUAUGGAUC